AUUUUAUGUCGCUUGAUAAACCAUUUUGAUCCGGAGAGUAACGAAUAGUUUCGUAAGAGGAGAAGACGACGUUGUGUGAAUCAUUGACUGACCAAGAAAGAGAGAAUAAAUGAAAGAUAUAAAAUGGGUGUUCUUGUGAGAAUAUGUCAGAAAUUAUCCAGGAAAUUUGCUCAGACCAUUCCAGCAUGUACUUAUAGAAAACUUUCAACUUUUCAUGGGAGUAUAGACAGAUACAAUGGUGUAACAAUUAAAGUAAAGGAUAAUAUUUCACCAUCAAUGAGUGUGGAAGAUUUUCAAAAUUUACUGAAAGAAUCACUAACCAAGUGGAGGUUGGAGGAAAGAACUGCUAUAUGGUUGGAGAUGCCAAUAGAAUAUAGUAGAUAUGUAGAGGCUGCUGCUGCUGAAGGGUUUGAGUUUCACCAUGCUGAACAUAGUCAAUGCUUGCUUAAACUUUGGUUAAGAGAUGGAAUAGAUGCCUCACCAAGAUUUGCGACACAUCAACUUGGAGUUUGUGGAGUUGUUAUUAAUGAAGAGACAAGGGAAGUUCUAGUCAUGCAGGAGAAAAAAAGCCAAUUCAAUAAAUUUUGGAAAUUUCCUGGUGGAUUGGCAGAUCUAGGGGAGAAUAUAGGAGAUGCUGCAGUUAGGGAAACGUUUGAAGAAACCGGUAUUAAAUCAGAAAGAAUAUAUGAGAAUAGAAUGAUUGAAAAAGUGUACAUCUGCUAAAUCUAUUUGACUGAAUGGACGGGUCUCUAGGAGGAUAAGGAUAGGUAUGGGCUUUGCUUGUUUUUAAUGUAGAUGGGCUUUUAUUAGGGUAAACACUGUAAUCGAAACUCAGACGUAGGUAUAUCAAUACAAUACCCACAACGAACAGUUUAUUUCAGAAUUGAAAAGAGAUAGACUGAUAAAAGGUGACCUCUUGUCAAAGCUGUCUUUAUUUCGUCCCAAACAAGAGCCUGGGAAACCGGUGCGAAUGUAAUAAUUACACUUUGUUAACCUUACUCAAACAAUACUGACUACUUACUGAUGCAUUGUUGGUAAUUGUUUCUUUAUCAUAUAUCAGUCACACUGUAAUCUUAGACCUCUGUGUCGCUGAAAGCAAAAUCAUGUCAAAGGCCAAUAAUGCGAUUUUGAAGAUACUGUUUAUAAAGUCGUUUUUAAAAUUGACAACCUUUCUUACAUAUUUAUUUCUGCUGUUUUUAAACUGUGACAUAAUUCAAGGUCUUCGUCUUUUAGUUUUUAUUAUAUCUAUUACCUGACACAUGAAAGUGUUUAAUAUCAAGUAAUUUCAUGAAAACGAUAUGCAAAACAAGAUUUUUGUCCGAUUGAAGCUUUGCGAGAUUUACUAUUUACGAUAGUUGUACUUCAUGAGGUAUUUUUGAACAUCAUAAGGAUUCACACAAAUAAAUCAUUAACAUUGUGUACAACAGAUAUUUGUAAUUCUAAAUGUGAAGUAAAAAAACCAGGUUGAACUAUAUGAAUAGAUUAGAAAGAAAUACAUAUAUACUCGUUUUUAAUUUCAACCGCAAGAUCAGCCCUAUACGAUGUCUAACAUCUGGUAAAAGGCAUUGCUUUUUUAGUUUAUUAAAGUUCAAUUUCAUCGUAUUCACGCAUCAUUCUAAAUAGCAGCUCUCAAAAGUAGGCCAAACUUUGCACUAACGUGUACACACAAUGUGUGUGUUUCUGUAUGGUAAAA